UGUCAGUCAAGUCACACAUAUACACAUAUGGCUGUACUAUAGGUGUUGUCAACUCGGUAUUGUGUUGUCGGUAUCGUGUUGUCUGUAUUAUUCACGUGUGCUGCCAUUCAAAACUGAUUCUGGAAUGUGUUUUCAGGAUCCAAGGAGGUUAUUUGGAAGAGCCAUCCAGUGGCUGCUGUGUGCAUCAGUGCUGAUCAACAUGCUGCUGCUGAUGUUUGUGAUGUUUCACCAGCCUGACACUGGCUUGUCAUCUCUAACAGGGCAUCUUCCUAUCAACCCAGAACAGAUGGACAAAAGAGAUCUCCAUGCAAUCAUACAAGAAAAAGGUCCCAAGCCACACAUUAUGACAACAGAUGAGAUAAAGAGACUGAAGGACUUAAAAGAUAACAAAGAAUGGGAGGAAGUGCAGCAAGUUCCAACAGAGAAGCCCAUCUGGUCAUACAACAAGACUGCAGCUGAUGUUUUCAGGCGGGAACUUGACGACAUCUGCAACACCAAAGAAGACUUCAUUGUCACAAAGGAGAACUUCCCAUUGGGGAGUGUUAUCCAGUAUGAUGCGGAGAGACACAGCAGGCUGAACGUGACAGACGAUGUGUGGGAACGUUUUCCUCAGAGUUCGCCAUUUGCCCAUAUGAAGCACUCCAGGUGCAGUGUGGUAGGAAACAGUGGGCUUCUGAAGAACAGCAACUGUGGGAAAGAGAUAGAUGCAGCCGACUUUGUUUUCCGUUGCAAUAUGGCCCCGAUUGAUGGACACCACAUCGCUGAAGUUGGAAGUAAGACUAAUCUCAUCACUGCAAACCCAACUAUCAUCCGAGACAAGUACAAAAAUUUCAGGAACCAGACAUUGAAGGAAAACUUUGUCAAAGAUCUGUCUGUUUAUGGGAAAAGUUACAUCUGGAUGACUCCAUUUGCAUACAAAAUGUGUACAUCAUACACCUUCAAAGCCCAGCACGUACUGAAAGAAUUUAAAUCAGACAACGAAAUAAUCUUUGCGAACCCCGUAUUCAUGGGCAACAUGAAUAAGUACUGGAAGAAACAUGGUGUCAAGGCAUGGAGAGCAUCAACAGGUCUAUUUCUGGUCAGUGCAGCUCUAAGUAUGUGUGAGGAAGUGCAUCUGUACGGAUUCUGGCCUUGGCACUUGGACAGACUUGGCAACAACCUCACCCAGCAUUAUUACGACAACCACCCAGUACACAAGGCUCACAAACUCCCAGAUGAAUUUCAGCAACACCAAAAACUUCACAACGAAGGAGUCCUGCACAUGACUACAAACAGAUGUGCAUGAAUGUGCCUGUGAGCUAAAAACUCGUGACUGUCAUGUCGAAAUACAUUUGUUUUCGUAAAAUAUCCUUAGAGUGGCCAUUGCUGCCAGGAAGGGGGUUUAUGCUGGCGCUGCCGAGUUAAUUUGUUUAUGUUUUCCUGUAGUGUAGUUGAUAAAAAAAGAACUCCAGGUCUCAGUACAUUACCUCCCAAAAGUGCUGCAGUAUAUUUUGUUCUACCUGUCCGUUGUUUUUUAAAAGAACUUGUGAUUAGCAAUCUUUUCAUGGGCAGUGGCUUAUUAUUUCCCAACUGAUACCAACCCGGUAUUUGUUCAUCUUUGUAUAAACGAGCGCUGCUGAAUUACCAAAUAAAACGUUGUUGCACGAUUCACCUUUGUUGUGCUACCUUCGACCGUCUUUUUCUCUCGACAUGUUCUUUUAAAAUUAUUUUUAUCACAAUGCUUUCCGCUCUUCUUUUGCACUUUAAGACUGUCAUGUCAUGUUAAUAUAUUGAUCCAGUGCCAAUUGAUGUAAGAUACCAGACUUGUAUCACUGUUUGAACAUAGACCUUUUUCAGUGGCACUAUGACCUG